AUGUCCUCUCAUGGAGGCCGCCGAUCAGGAAGCGGCCGGAAGAAAAUCUUCGCCAGCCAGUCAGCGAGGCUUCAGUUUUGGCGAAAGACUCAUAAAAGGAUUUCGUUGGAUGGAACAAUUUUUUCAUCUUGGGUUUCUGCGAGGAUCAAGUGCGGAUAUGACAACGAUUCCAUGUUUGCUGCCCAUCUUCUAUCGCUCGAGAGAAGAAGAAGGUACCUGCAUAAAAUGUCUGUUCAGUCUGUCUGCUAGCGGUCUAAUUUUGAGUUAAUCAGUUGUUUUGAAUGUAUGUAUCUAUUUUCUUUUAUAGGGAAAUUGCAUCAACCGUUUGUAAAAAAAGAGGGGCAUCGUCCAUAAACCUUCCUUCCUCAAAACGACGCCAUAUUGAAGGUGAGACUUCAGCUGUACUUGAUUCUAGAUUGAAUAAAUGUCUUCACAUUACUAAAUAUUACUAGUCCUAAAACUGAAAGGCCCAAAAAAGAUCGAUAAAUAUCUGUACUCCCACAUUCUACGCUAUUCUAUAAGACUGAAGUAUAUUCCUCUCUUAUGAAGGGCCACUGUUGUCAUCCACUCCUUUGCAAGCAUUAUCUGUAUCAGCACAAGAAAAAAUUGAUUAUUCUGUUGUCAGUGUAGGCAAUGAUGAUUCGAGGCGAGUAAGCAUUUAAUUCUUGUUUUGAAUAACUUUCUAAUGCGGCCUGAAAACUGGGUCUAUAAGGGAACUUCUAUAAACAAGUGGUAUGAGUUACAUUUAUAGUUGUUUGUAUCCUUGCUGGUUCAAAGUUGUUUAUUUUAUCUCCUGUUUAGUGAUGUGGAUGUGAAUGUAACAGGAAUUGCUGUUUCAGAGCUGUCAACUCAUAAUGUUAGCUACCGUGUUCUAAAUGACUCAGUUAUAACCAUUGAUGAUGCAGACAAGUACCAGGAUACUGAUGAGUCCACACACACUGACUCAUCAGACAGUGAAAGUGAUUGUAUGGAAAGAAAUUCACAGUUUGUAUUGAUUUUGGUUAUUGUUUAUUUGUAAUGUGGCACUUAUUUUGUUUCGACUUUGUAAGAAAUCCACGAUAAAGUUUUUCUAUUCUGUCUCAAGUAUUCAGUGCUUUCAAUAAACACCGACAGCCAAUGAAACUUGUCUACUGCUCUCCUCAGAGGAGUCGGCAACUUUGUUCCUUAAACUGAGGUAACUAUGGAAAAACUCUUUCAAACCUUGUUGGUACAGUAGGUUACUCUACUUAAAUCAGCUUUCUACUGUACUUCAAAAUUUAUUGAAACCCCUGAGUAUUAAUUAAAGCAAUGCUUUAUCUGGGUCUUGUACAAUAUUGGUAUCUGAGGUUAGUGGGCAGCAUGAUGCUAGUGAAUGUUAAUUCUCAUUAGCCAAUAUUAUUACGGUAUUGAAACUCUGUCAUGUGAGUUCAAGUGUGUCCCACUUCAACAAUCAAGGAGUAAAUGGUAAUUGAAUCAAUCAAGGAAGGAAUGUGAGCAUCACAACUUUAGAAUCAGUAGCAAAGUACAGUAUUAUUAUUCAGUAAUUUAUUUCAUGGUUUAAAAUUUAUUUCCCUUUGUUUGAAACUCAUUAUCAUACACUAUCAUACCCAUAAACAAACAAAAUACAAAUUUAAACCAAGGAAAAAAUUGAACCACAACAUAUAAAUCCAUUGCAAAACUUUUACUUUCAAAUUGGCUUGCAAUGUAGUGUAAGUGUACCAAACAAAACCAAUAAUACAAUAAUUUAUGUAAUCACUGAAUGGUUUAAUAUUAAUUUUGUUUUGAAAGGGUUAUUUUCGGUGUACAAGAAGCCUUGCAGGAUCUAGAUGAAGAUCAGAUUAUUGAUUGCGAGAGUGCAAUUAGCGACAGUUCUGAAGUAUAUGACACUGGGUAAGUUUAUAAGUUAACAUGUUGUUUCUGGGAGAUAAAUCUUAUGACUAUGCAGGCCAAAUAGAACUUGUUAUAAUAGUGUGUAUGGUGUUAUCUGAUCCAGUGGAGGGCAUCACAUUUGGGUGAAGAUAUUGGCAGUCAAUACAGCUUGAGUGAUUCUAAAUCAAAGGCCAAAGGAUAGUGAAACACAAUCAAUUGCUAAUUUUAUUGAUACCAGAAGACAAAUUAACCAAAAAGAAACAUUGGCAUUAAUUAAAAGGUAUUCUUGAAUUAUCUGACCUUCUAGAUCUGACACAGAAGAUGAGAAAGAGAUGAGUGACCAAGAUGAUGACAACGAGCUUAGAAUUGAAAUAGAUUCAGCCUCAAAUCCUGUUGAAAGAACUGAAGCUGAUCCGACAAUUGAACUGCCAGUGCAAGAUUGUCCUGUUUUAUCUCAAAACCCUGCCAUUGUUUCUCCAUCAACAGCGCCAGCUGCAUUACCCAUGCCCUCUGUUUCUAAUAUUCCCACUGUGCCCAUACAAUAUCCCAAGCUUAGUAGGCUAGAGGAGCAGGGUACCCUUAAGGAAGAAGUCUCACUGGUCAAGGAUACCAAAGUGAUUUGCUCACUUGAUUUGUUCUUGGAGCUCUUCAAGUAUUGCCGUCAUCCUGGCUGUGCUAAUCAAGCAAUCAUUAAACACCACACAAUUGGUCCUACUCUGAUAGUCAACUGGAAGUGUUCGUCUGGUCACCAGGGAAAGUUUACAUCAUCAAAAGAUGUAAAUGAUAUGUAUGUAAAUAACCUACAAACAGCUGCUGCCAUCCUGCUAUCAGGGAACAGUUUCUUUAAAAUUGAGAAAAUGGCUAGAUUUAUGGGUCUGUCCUUCUUCUCAGAUGCCACAUUCUACCGGGUGCAGAGACUGUACCUGAUACCUGUAGUUAACGAGUGGUGGUCCUGGCAGAGGGAGCAGAUUCUUAAAGAUUUUAUUAAUAAAGAAGUGAUUGUCUGUGGUGAUGGCCAGUGUGAUUCUCCUGGGCAUACAGCUAAGAAUUUAUGUUAUUUCUUGAUGGAGCUGGUCAGUAGCUAUAUCCUAGAUGUUGAGGUGAAGGACAAACGUCAUGUUAAUUUGGUGUCUGUUAACAUGGAGAAAAGGGCAUUACAGAGUGCACUUCAGCGGCUUAAAGGAGUCUUGAAUGUUGUUGAAAUUGUCACUGAUGCCUCUUCAAUGAUAAAAAAGUUGAUCGGUAAGAUUCAACAAGCAAUACUCAACCAAGUUUAUCACUCUUACUUUAUUUUGUUAACUACAUUAUGUUCAUCUACACAAUCUUGCAUCAAAAACUCAUGGCUUGCAAGCACAUUAUAUGUCACUCGAUUCUGUCUGCAUGACUGUCCUGUUGUCCUUCGGCAAAGUGUUUGUUACUUGUUUUCCCUUACAUUGACCAUUUUUUUCGUGAACGAAAUAGACUGUUAUUCAAGUUUGGCAUCCUUUUGCAGGCCAUAAUCUAAAAAGAAACAUAUAGCACUAGUCACUUUCCCAAUUUGUGGUUUUUGUUCUUUUUUUCAGCUGACGAGUUUCAAGGAGUGUUCCACAGUCUGGAUGUGUGGCACAAAUCAAAGAGUAUAAGGAAGUGCCUGGCAAAGGUAAUAUUUUCUCCAGCGGUCAAUCAAUUCUUAUGGCAAUCUUGGUAUUAUUUGAGAAAAUAACUGUCUAACCACAGGAAAAAUUAUUUCAUGGUUAGCAGAACACUUUUUACGUUGUAGAUACCAAAAAAUACCAACUAUUCUCUGCUGACUCAAUACUCAUAGGUUGGAAAAUUAAAAGACAUGGAAAAGAUAAAGGAUUGGGCAGAUGACAUAAUCCUGCAUUUCUGGCAUUGUGCAAGCAGCUGCAAAGACACGGCAACAACCAGUGACGACGAGGCUGUUGAAAGCAUGAAGGUAGUCAUACUGUUACAUACGAAUUUCACCUCUUUCACAUGUUGGCAGUGACAGUCUUCCUUAGAAUUGAAUGUUAUUGUAAUAUAUAUUUUUUUGCAGAAUAGCAAACAUAUAGCAGCCCAGUCGAAAUGUUUUGAAGUGGUAGGCAGGAUAUCCAAAGUACUAGGCAGCAAAGGCCAAAACUUGUGUGGUUUUUCUUUUGAUAUUACUAAACUGACACAAUGUGAGUUUUGAGUAGGCAGCAGAAUAAUAUUGCCAAAAUUGCCAACUGCUGGCUCAUUUUUACUAGGCUGAUACAGUCUCUUUUGUUUUUUAGAAUAAGUGGAUUGCACUUUUGCAUCAUGUGUGUGACGAACAUGACUGGGUUGGAGGCAGUUGUGAACACGAUGAGUUACAAGAACAUAGCCUUCCAUGGUUUGACCGCAGGGAUAAGGACUUUGAAGCGCUUCAGAAGAUCAUUUUAGAACCACAGCUCCUUGCAAGCUUCAAAUCUUAUGUUAGAUUCAGGUAACCAAAAGGGAGAGAGUGUUUGAUGUACAUUUACAAAUGUCAUUUUAAUGUUUUAAAAAUAAUAGUACAUCGAACAAAAGUCUUUUUAUCCAUUUUUCAGACAACACAUUUAUCAAAAAGCAAUAUUUUUCAUCAGAUUAGACAUGUCUUGAAGUCAGAUUAUACAUCAGACAUAAGACAAAAUGUAGUUUCCUCCUUUUUAGUGUUACAACUAAAAUGUGAAGUAAAGUUUGUUUAAACGUAGGAUUAACAAUUAGCAAGUAAAUUAUUCAUUUUCAACCAAGUUCUCAUCUCAUCAGAACCACAUGUAAUGCAUGUAGAAAAGGAAAAUUAUUCUUAUAAUUAAGGAUUAGCAAGUUGAAGAAAUUCAUUACUUAAUUAAUAUUCUAUUAAUAAUAAAUUAUUGUCAUUGAUUAUCAUUUGUUUGCUCCAGGCAUACAGGAAGUAUCGAGUGUGCUAACAAUCUUUCACUGGCAUAUGCAUCCAAAAGAUGUUCAUACAGGUUUGUGAUUACCUUUGUUUUCAUUGUUACUCAAUACUAUUAUUCUAUUUAUGUUUUCCAUUCUAUAUUCAAAUCAGGUGGCACAUAUUCUCCAUUUCUAGCCUUCAGUAAAUAACACAGUUACCUUUCAGGAUUUCUACCGGUACUUUGAUUUUCACUUUGCCUUACCAUAGAGAACUAUUUUAAAUAAUUACUGGAACACAAUAAAAUGAAAGGAAGUUCAGACUUGAAACUGCUUCAAAGUUAAGAGGUCAUUCGGUAUCUGGCAGAACCAAUAAAAGGAUGAUUUGGUGCUGCAGUCAAAGCAAUUUCAAAUGACUAGGAACUGGAACCUAUGGAAUGCUCGCUCUUGCCUUUGAAACAUCUUCAUUUUUUGGCCUGUUUCUGCAUUAUCCGAUAAAACCUUUCAAAGUGACUGUAGAUUAAUGUAAAGGCUGACCAAAUAAUAACUGCUAUAAUAUUAUCUUUGUUGCAGUUACAAAGUGUACAAGGCUCGAAAACAGCUUGCAGCCAUUGACUGGAAUUUCCAUCUAAACCAAGAGGCUGCAACAACAAAGUCUGGAGAGCAAAUAGUUACAAGGAAAUAUAACCAGAGAACAAAGGAAUGGGAUUCAAAAAUUGUUAAAGUGAAGAAAACUUAUGACUACAUGCCUGUCAUGAUGGCCAAGAUCCUUCGCCUCAGAAAUGAAGAUGUGGACAUUGUCACGCGACAAGUGUCCCUAAAUGAAAGCGACCCAGCAUUGCUGGCACCCACUAUUGCUGACAAACCACCACCUCCUUCAAAAGAGCUAUUUAUUGCACGCAGGAGCAGAUUUAAUAAUGCUAGUAAUGCAGGCAGUUCAGAGCCAGAGGAAUCUUCAACUGACACUUCGAAUACGUGAUUAUGUAUGGACUCUAACUGUCCUGUUCAGAGUAAAUAAGUUAUGUAGUGGCUGAGAAUUGAUGUACUGUGGUUCAAAUGAAAGGGUAGAGAAGGUCAUAUUUUGAUGAUGAGAUUGAAACAAAAAGAAUGAUACCCAGGGGUUACAAAGUGAUUUAUAGAAGACACAAUGUGCAUAAAGAGUUGCAAAGCAAAUAUACAUUUUUAUUUUUACAAUCAAAUAACGAGGUCAACACAAUUCAAGCACAUUUUGAUGUAUUGCUGUUGUUACCAGACAAGUGUCGUUGAAUGAAAGUGACCCUGCUUUGCUGGCCCCCAUCAUUGCUGAAAAACAGGCACCCCAUUCAAAGGAACUUUUUAUUGCACGUAAGAGCAGAUUAAAUCUGGUACUGAAGAUCAUUCAGAGAAUUUCUCGAGCAACAAUUAAAAUUCAAAGAGGACAAAAGGUUGAAAUGUGUCUUAUUGUCCUGCUGACUUAGCAGUAAACUGCUGAUAAU